GUCAAAAAAUUAGGAUUCGAAACAGUACGAGGUUAAAGAAAAUUGCAAGGUUAGACGACGAAAGAAGAAAGGACACGUGAGAACGAAAUUUUUCUUCAAUUGUGUUGCAAUUAUUCAAACAAGAGAUGAGAACCAACAAUUCGAAUUACCGAUGUGUGUUAAAAACAAGUGGCUCGAGUGGAAUAUAGUAAAUAUCCACCAGGACAAACAGCAUUGUAAUGUAUGUCACGUGGUCUAGACCGCGAUGUGGAAACACAGCGAUGUUUACACAGGUAGAUAAUGAGGCUAAUUAUCACAGCGUCGAAUUUUUCGUGGCGUUUCGUUCUUAGUGGUUUUAGUUUUUCGAUAAGAUACUCGCAACACGUAUGUUUGACGCUUCUGUUUUUUUUUUUUUUUUUUUUUUUUAAAUUGAUAGGUAGUACUAAUAAUUUGACGUUCGAUGUUUCUAGAAAAAUACGUUUACCAUACUUGCAUUUUAUGUUAAGAAUAUCUAUUUUGUCAUAUUACCAUUUCUAUAUUUUGUUUGUCAAGGUGGUUAGAUAGCUUCCUGUUAUUUUAUCCUUAAAUAUAAUUUCAUUUUAUAAUUCAGAUUUUAAUUACGAAUAAUUGAACGCAUAAAAUUAAAAUAUUUCGCUCAUCUCUGACAAGAGGCUCCAAAAGCCAGUUAACAUCAGCGUCCUUCGAAAGGCAGAAAAGAAAAGUGCCACUUUCUAAUUGAAUUGAUCAAACAAUUUAGACAAACUUUGUCCCACUACUCUGAAACAUAAUUCAGUUCCGCAUUUCAAAUCCCAAUUAUCAUUGAACAAGUAAAAUUUAAGUAUGUCGUCCAUUUCUGAUGCGACAAGGCCCAGAACUCAAAUAACAGCAACGUCCUUCGAAAGUAAAAUAAAAAAACCUACUAAUUCCUAGUCGAAAGCGCCCGCACAUUGCGCGCGUUAUCAGCAAACUUUCCAGUGCGCUCCCGAACAGCGCGUCGCGUUUCGCGGGACGAUAACAGUGCCAGGGUACCUGAGAAUCCCGCAGCCAAUGAAAGAGCCAGGUCGGCGUCGACCAUCUUGCGCGGCUCUGCUUUCGAGUUCGGAGUCGCGUGGCGGCGACGGUUCGGCUUGCAGUGUACUCCGACUGCCGAGCCGUGACUGACUGGGUCGUGUGUCCCGUGGCUCUCGACAGGUUUACCAUUGUGACCGUUCCCGGUGCCUCUUCUUUUUAUCACUGAAAAACAUCGACGAAUAAUUAAACGAGUAAACUCUAUAGGAACAGCGAUUCGAUCCCGUUUAAUGCGACUCGUAGUCGCACCUGUCGAUAGUGUCAUCGUUGAUCUUUAAUUCAAACUGCCGCGCGUGUUUACGUUCCGCUGAAAGGAAACGAGAAUGACGGGACGAAAGCGUUUCCUCGUUCCGUGCUGGUUCGAAAUUAGGCUCGGUGGAAGUUAGGUCGUUGGGAUACUGGCGACGUUGAAAACAAAGUGCGAAGGAGUUGAGAUUCGCUCGAAAGUAUUUGACACUGAAUGCGAAGCGACUGGAUUCCCCGUGUGUCUUUUGCGCGGGGUGUCGUAUGAUUUUCCGUAGACGAGUUCGAAGUUUAUCGACAGUGGACCCGUGAGUUCGAGAGGAGGGUCGAAGAGUGGCGUCAAACGUCGUUGGAUGAACGCUGUGUGUGUGACCUAAAGAUGACACCGACAUAGCUGACCGAGGAUGGCGUCCAUCAUGGGGUUACAGCAGCCAGCUGCAUCCCAGGAUAUCGUAGAUUACGGUGGUUACCUGCAGUCGUCGCAGUGCCACCAGAUACAUGGAAACCAGCCAAACGGGCAGGUCCCGUCUGGUCAGAAAUCGUCAUCCAAUGACCAUAACACCAGCUUCACCAGCACCAAAGGAUUACUUAAUGGACCUGGCCAAAACAACUGCUUCCUCAACAGCGCCGUCCAGGUGUUAUGGCACCUCGACAUCUUCCGGCGGAGCUUCAGGGAGCUUUCAGGACACGCCUGCAUGAGGGAAUCCUGCAUCUUUUGCGCCCUCAAGGACCUGUUCUCGCAGCUCCAGUUCUCGCAAGAGAGCGCUUUGCCCCCCGACACGCUGCGCCGCGCACUCGCGGAGAGUUUUCUGGAUCAGCAAAGGUUCCAGCUCGGAUUCAUGGACGACGCGGCGGAAUGUUUCGAAAACAUUCUUCUGCGUAUACACCUGCACAUCGCCAGCGGGGAAGCCGAGGACAUGUGCAGCGCGAGACACUGCGUGCCACACCAGAAGUUCGCCAUGACGCUCGUCGAGCAAAGCGUUUGCGGAGCUUGCGGUGCCACUUCGGAACCACUGCCUUUUACACAGAUGGUUCAUUACGUGUCAGCGUCGGCAUUGACGUCGCAAGCGAGGCAAACGCCGCCGAAUGCUCGAAACAGCUCGGACCUCUUCGGUCAGCUCCUGAGGAAAGCUGGAGGAAUGGGUGACAUCAGGGACUGUCCGAGUUCCUGUGGAGCCAAAAUCCAAAUAUGCAGAACGCUGAUGAACAGACCGGAAAUCGUUUCGGUUGGAGUUGUAUGGGACAGUGAACGACCAUCGUUGGAGCAUAUCAUGGACGUUUUCGCGACCGUGGGAACGUCCCUUCGGCUGAGCGAUGUUUUCCACAGCGUUGUGGACUCCCGGUGGGGUGCCUCGACCGUGCACAACCUCGUAGGAGUCGUCACUUACUACGGAAAACAUUAUUCCACCUUCUUCUUCCAUACUAAAUUAAAGGUCUGGAUUUACUUCGACGAUGCCACCGUGAAGGAAAUCGGUCCUCGUUGGGAGCAAGUCGUGGAGAAGUGCAGGAGAGGUCGAUAUCAACCCCUGCUCUUGUUGUACGCAACCCCCGGUGGAACACCAGUUAACACGGAAAACGCUCCCAAGACAGUGACGCCUUUUCCAAACGGAAAUGGUCUUAAGACGCCACCGAAGAAUAAUGUUCGCCGAUCGAUCACUCCCAGUCCAGAGAAACCAUCGAUCAACAGCACCGCUAGACGUGCCAUUACCCCCAAUCCUGAUAGUCCUCCUCAUCCUUACACUCAGCGGAGGAUCUACAGCGAUUAUCAGAACCUCACCGACAUACAGAACAACAUCUUCGGGAAUCAAGGUGUGGACGUAGUCGAUGGCGAUGCAGAGUCGAAGUACAUCAGUCGACGAGCGGUGGAAACCGUGAUGCAACAGCAGAAGAAGCAGCAGAUGCAGCUGACGCGUAGUUUGAGUGCAGGAUCGACGCCGCAGGACGGCAUCAGUAUUCCGGAUCACUUGAACGUGCCACGAAGACGAGAUUCUGGUAACUGGUCGGGCGAUCGGAACAGCGCCUCCUCGAGUUCGUCGACGACGAUGGACAAUCCGUAUCUGUACAUCGUGAACAAAAUGCAGAGGAACUCGGGGGUGCCCAAGAGCCCCACCAGCAAGUCUGGAGAACUCUCCAGCAGCAGCAGUGGCCACUACGAUGCUGGAUACGAUUCGUACUCUUUGUCUUCCACGGAUAGCCUUCCGCUUCAGCAGGGCCUGAAACACAAUCUGCAGCUUGCUCAGAUCCCAGAAGGCUACCAGGCCGCGAAUGGCGACGAUUGCGAGCGUCUCUGCAAGGAAACUGACGCGCUCUUGGAUAAAUCCCGAGCUGCAGAGGAUGCGGGCGACCUUAGCACUGCGGUAGCUCUGUGCAGUGCAGCCAGCAGCAAAGCUAGAGCAGCCAUGGACGCGCCAUACAACAACCCCCACACGAUCACGAUAGCGAGGAUGAAGCAUAACACUUGCGUCAUGAGGACGAGGAGCUUGCACAGACGAAUGCUACAAGAACAGGCGACGACUAAUGGUGAGAAAGAAGAAGGCGCCCCGGAAGGUAGACAUUCCCGAGAGAACAGUAAAUCUGGCCAACACUCUCGUCAGAGUUCGAGGGACAAGGGAAGCCAUUCCAGGCAGAACAGUCGCGAGCUUCUGGUAAACACGCCAGCAAUGAUCGCGGACAAACCUGCUUCGAAGAGCAUCGAGAUCUACGCCACUCUGCCGAAGAAGAAGACGCUAAGAAGCAAGGCUACAGCCGUGAACGUGAUCGAGGACGAGGAGUACAUGCUGUACGAUCGACCAGUUCAAAGGACAGGCUUGUUCAGUCGCGCGAAACGCUGCGACGACGACAAGAAGGACAAGAAGCGCGCUCGAAGCGAGGAGAGGAACAAGAACGUCUCGAAAGACUUCUCCAUAGCCCCGUCUCGAUUGUCGCCCUCUCUGAAAGGGACGAAAGCUGACAAGCCUAAAGAAACUGACACGGCUGUCAAUAACGCUCGAAACUCCCAGCAGAACAACGCCAAUGGGGAGCAGAAACAAGGGAAGAAGCAACACAAGAUACGCAGGAAACUGUUGAUGGGUGGAUUGAUCAAGAGGAAGAACAGGAGCAUGCCGGAUCUGCGGGAAGGACAGGACAACCAGACGAACACCAGCGUCGAGGGGUCCUCCAACACCUUGCCGAAGCAGUCAGUGGACGAUUCCAGCGUUGGAUUGAAGGGCAACGAGGUUUGCCAGUCUCUGAGCGGUUACUUGUCAGAGGGACACUUGGAGUUCACUGGGAGCAACAGCGGUAACCCCAGCAGCACGGGCAACCCGAAUCUGGAGAGAAGUCGUCUGAUGAGGAAGAGCUUCCACGGCAGCGCCGGUAAAGUGUUACACGUAGCGAAGGUACCCCCGCCUCCUCCGCUCAGGACCACUUCUCAGCUUAGCAAGUCUAAGUGUUCGGGUGAAGUGCACAACGAGCAGCAAUCCGAGAAAUCGGUGUACCCGUUGUCGGAGGGACAGUGCCCGUCCAAUCCACCUCAGGAGCAGAAUGGAUCCUAUUGGAAUCACAUGAACACGGGGAAUUCUUCCAACGGGAUCAACAGGAGCGGCAAUUACGCCGACUAUUCCUCAGAAUCCCAUUCUUUGCCGUUUUUACCUACCUACGGUAUGGAACAGAGCGCUGCCAACGUUCCCACAUCGUGCCAAUCCAAUUAUAAUAACAAACCUCGGAUUCAGGAUGACGUGGUGCAGUAUGCCAACGGAAUCUUGUACGAGCCAACGUUCGUGGUUACUCGAGCAGACGUGCACAACGAACAGAGUCCCGUGAAGCAACCGAGCCAAGUUGAAAUGCUGCCCCCGUAUCCUGAAAACGGAAACGUGUCUCAUUCGAGGCAACCCAGCGAGGACUUCCCUCCGCCUCCGUAUCCUUCUAUUCACUCUGUGUCCCAUUCGAGGCAAGCCAGCGAGGACUUUCCACCCCCGCCACCACCAAUCGACGACACACCGAAUCAUAUCCAAGAAAACCAACAACAGUAUCAGCAACAACAGUACCAGCAGCAGCAGUACCUCCAACAGCAAUACCAGCAGCAACAGACUGCUAUUCUCAUGCAGCAGCGUCAGCAACAGUUGGACAAUCAACAGAUCAGUACUUUGUUGACGCAGUUGCAGAUUAAAAGGGAUCAGAUAUUGGCUUCCAAGGCUAGAGAGGAGAGAAGGCCAGAGGACCAUGACGAAGACGAGAAGUCAGCUAGCGAAACGUGGCUUCGCGAGUUGCAGGCUAAACAGGCGGAGAGGAGGAUGAAGAAGCAGAGUCCUUUGGAUCAGGAUAUUCCGAAAGUGAGGUGUUCUGCUCCGAUGUCAGGUUCGACUGUUGCGAGGCGAACCAGCGAUUUGAUGAUGAACAGUUUGGGGCAAAGUUACGAGCAAGCCAGUCGCGACGUUCCCGAUUGCCCGCGAGUCGUUUCGUCUGUUAAGGACAUGGCGGCUAGGUUCGAGCAAAUUAAAUUGCAGCCUGCGGCGAAAGCUGAACCAGACCAGAAGAUUCCUGUUAAACAAAACAUCAACUGCGUUUCGUCGUCUCCCUUGAUGGAUAUGUCCCAAGACGUUCAGCAGCCAGAGGAGUCGAGACCAGUGAAGCUUUCUUCGGAAAACUUGGCAGCCUUCUCCAAACCUGAGACUUCUUCGAGCCAGUCCGUUCUGAAUUCGAGCUUCGAGUCGAGUUCGAGUCAGAACACGUUCGUCUCGACCUCAGCUCCCACCAACCCCGUUAACGCUCAGCAGAGUGGACUGAAUGCCGCCAUUAUGUCCAUGUCUCUGACUCUGCCGCACGAGAAUGGUCUGCCAGUGGAUUAUCCUGAAGAUGACAUCAGCGAAGUUGCCAUGCAGAACACUAUUCAGAAUACGACGAUCCUGCCCAGCGAGGAGGACAUCGCUCCGAGAAAGGUGAAACGACGGAUAGGGAAGAAGAAGAGCGUGUCGUUUUGCGAUCAAGUCGUCCUGGUGGCCACUGCCGAGGACGACGAAAAGGACUCCUAUAUCCCAAAUCCCAUCCUCGAGAGGGUUCUACGAUCGGCGAUGAACAAGCCAGAGACUGCCCAAGUAUUGAGAGAGAUCAGAAGCUUGCAAGAGGCGGAACUGAAUCGUGAGAAUUGCACUGCCAUCAAGUUCCAACAGCAGACUCUUCCUCUGAAGAGCGAGGCUGACAGCGUACCCGCGACUCCCUACCAAGAUCAACUGCGAAGCGUGAACCCUAUACCAAUUCCUGACACGAUCAAGCCUACUUUCGGUAGACAGAACUCGAACGAAUCGGUGGGAUCGCUGUCGGAGAAGAAACACUGCAGUCCGUACGUCAACGAAGGUCAGGACGUCGUCAGGGAGACUUAUUCGGGGAUAUCGAAUGUUUCUAAGCCUCCCACCUCGUACUCUCCUCAGUUGCAGCAGCAAAUAAGGUACUCGCAGAACGGAUAUAUGCCUUAUUUGCAAUCCCAGUCGACGUAUCCUCAGACUCAGACAUCUCAUCCGAGGAAUCAGACUAUUCCCAUCUCGCAGACCCAGAAACCAGCUAGCCCCUAUCCCACCCAAAUUCACGGGCAGUACGUUCAGAACAACGUGCAACAGCAGAAACCCGUGUGCCAGAAAAACACCUACCAAACGUACUACCAGCUGGAGCAGCAGCACAAUCAGAUGAACAAGCAGAUGUCGCAGCAACAGCAACAGAACAUGAACCAGAGGAUCGCGAAUCACAACGCGAGUCCAAUAACAGUGCAGCACUCUCAGCAGCAGUUCGCUUAUCCAGCGAACCAAUCGCCGAGCCCUUAUCAGAAUCAGUACACCACCCACAGUUCCUAUCAGGGUUAUCCCUAUCAGACCGUUCCUCAGCAGAACAGGAUGAGCCAGCCGUUGCCUCAGUACCAACCGCCCCCUAAUCCGCCGACCAACAACUAUCAGCAGCAGCAGCAACAACAACAACAACAACAGCAGCAGCAGCAGGGUGUGCAGAAUUAUCAGCAGAGGCACGAGAAUUAUCAAAGAGCUCCGCAAAAAGCUGACCAACAGAAUAUCUUGGCGCCCAAUCAGACCUACCCGAACCCGCUACAGAACGGUCAGAUACAGUCCAACAUGAAAUACCCCACCUAUCAGCAUCCGCCUGUGUCGAAACAGAGCAAGCAGAUGCACUUCGUGUCAGCUGGCAAGGGCAACGCGACGGUUGCUCAAACUCAGUCAUCUUUGCAGAAACCCGUUGUCGGAAGCGCGGCUAGAACCGCGCCGUGUCACCUUUGCAGGAAGAAGCAGGUAACCGAGCCUGCCAUCUACUGCUCUGACUGCGACUUUUACAUGUCCCGUUUCCGGCCGAAGAACUGAAGUCGCGGCCACAAGGAACUAUCACCCAGCGCGUCGAUUUUAAUGAAACUUGACAUACAGGUAGAGUAUUGACGAAUAUUAGACACGUAUUUUUUUUAUGUCGGGUGAUAUUCUUUUUUAAAAGGUGAAACUACCCCUGAAGUUGUGAUCCAUAUACCUGGUUAAUUAAAUUUCUUGCAAGCUAACGGCGAUAGAAAAAAAUGUUUAAUAUAAAAGAAGUUUAAUUUUUAACAAACAAUAACAUGUUUUUGAUAUAAAUCGUACUGAGACACUGGUGAUUACGUCGCUUUUUUAUAAAAGUUUGUAAUAGAACAUGUUUCGUUAGCUGAAAACUGGUCAAUUUAAACAACAAGCCAGUAAGCACAAUGUUCGACGGAUGAAAACUACCCUCAGAGGGUGAAUGACCUAUUUAAUUAAAAUAUGUGUCUAUAUGUUUUUCAAUGCUCUACUUGUAUAUCAAGUUUUAUUACAAUGUUCCUUGUAUGUUUUGUUCACCGGAACGUUUAUCAACGUUUUCCGGCGGAUUUUACCAUUGUUGCUUCGCUUCUUUUGACGAUGUUGCACAGAUUAAUCUAACUAUCGGAAACGGCAGCGAAUUCGUAUAUUUAAUUUAAAUAGAGCUUGUAGACAAACCCGCAGCCGAUGUAAUGGAAAUAGCGAGAAGCCCUGGCCUGCUUUGUACAAAGUUAAGAUUAGAUGUAGACCUUGUAUCAUUGGAGACCUUCGUCGAGCAGCUACUAAUUAUAUUGUAUUAUUGACGAUGUAUCUAGCGUCGCUUGUAAUUUAUGGUAGAUCGUGUAGAAAGAAUGUAUUCGAGUUUUUUCCGCGUUUAUUAUACAACAAUUGUUAUUUCGCGCUUAGGUUACGCUUCCUUUUGUAUUGUUUAUUACAUGCUUCUCUUCUUUUCUGUUGUACAUACGAUUAUCCCCGCGGUACUGUUUAAGUUUCUGUAUAAAUUCGACGUUUUUAGCUAGAUUUAAGUUAGAUUUAAGAGAGUUAGGUUUCUAGGAGCGAGCGUUUCAGUUUUACGCACACGUUUGGCUCUACAUGUGUACUUCGUUCGCGAGACAGAUUGUCAGAAUUGUGAUACUAGCCAUGCUACAUAGAAUUUUAUCGUUAAACGUAGAGAACCGUAUCGAGGGCCGCGCUGAAGAUUAGUCGCAAUAAAGAAAAAAAAAACGCGUAAACGUAGAGGAGAGCGUGGAGGGAAUAUGAUCUCUGAUGAAAGCGUGAAGUUUUAUUUUAUGUUGAUAGGCGUUGAUGUUAUACAUAUAAAUAUAUAUUGUGUACUUAACGGUUACGUUACAUCAAUACGAUUGUCUACGUGCUAGAUCGAUGUACAAAUCCACGAUUUUAUACAUUUUGUAUGAGUAUUUUGUUUUAGAAAUACUUGAUUUCCUCCCGUAUGACAUUGAAUAAAGCGCUGUCAGAAUACACUU